GUUGACCUCUAUUUCGCCAUUUUGUAUGUCGUCUGCGCAUGCGCCACCUGGGAAGGAGAGCUGCCGAGGUCGAAUUGUAGGAUUUCUCUAGUCCUGGUCAAAAUAAGGCAAAAUGCCUUCAGACUUUGAUAAAGGAGCAUAUCCGGAGCCUCCCCGGCAGACUCCGGUUGUGGACAAACAGACAGCUCUGCCAAACCCAGCCUUGAUUCUGUCUAAACUCUUUUAUUACUCCGUGGACCUGCCUGUCACCACAUUUAGAGAUGUUAUUGAUAGCAUCCGGGCUAAAAACAAGUCCGUAUACUACCACCAGAAGUUCCGUCGUGUUCCUGACCUGACGGAGUGUCAGCAGGGAGAUUACCUCUGCUACUAUGAGGCUGAGAUGCAGUGGAGGAGAGACUACAAAGUGGACCAGGAGAUUGUGAAGGUUGUCCAGGAGCGUAUGAGGGCCUGCCAUCAGAGAGAAGGAGCCAGCUACCAGCAGAACUGUGCCAAGGAAAUUGAGCAGUUCAACGAGGCAACCAAAAACUUUCAGUCCCGCUAUGGAGACCUGGGAGCGUACGCCAGUGGCAGGAAAUGUCUAAUGAAGCAGAAAGAACGGAUGAUGGCUGCUCAGGCCUCAAGUGCUUAAGUUAACUCUGUCCUAUGUAAUAAUUGUAAAAUAAAAUGUAAUAAAUCA